GUCUCUCACUAGCAGCUGCAGUAGCAGAGCCACAGCACGCCCAUCAAAACCUGUGAACUUCUAACCAGCUAACGUUGAAGAAAAGGAAAGGACCAAAAAUGGAGGCAGCAUCUUCCACACUGGACCCAGACUUAAUGAGGGAGGUUCUUGAAUGCCCCAUUUGCCUGGAGACCUACAACCAGGAUCAAAUGAGACCCAAGCUCCUGCAGUGUGGUCACACAGUGUGCCGGCAGUGCCUGGAGAAGCUGUUGGCUAACACUAUAAAUGGUGUGCGGUGCCCUUUCUGUAGCAAGGUGUCCCGUAUGAGCAGCAUCUCCCAGCUGGCUGAUAACCUCACUGUGCUCAAGAUCCUAGAUUGUACUACAUCCUGCAGCGCUGCUACUGCUGCCCUUAUGUGCAAGUCCUGCUGCAACCGCCUGCCAAGACAGUACUGCCAUGACUGUGCCACAGUUCUCUGUGAGGUCUGUAAAGGGGAGGGCCACCUGCAUCAAGGCCACUCAGUCCAGCCAAUCAGGGUGGCUGCUGAGCAGCGUCGUAAAGAGCUGGGUGGCAAGCUGGCUUCGUUGCGUGACGUCAUGGGCGAAAUUCAAAAGAAAAAGCAAGCUAUUGAUAACAUUUCUAAGUCAUUGAGACUUAAGUACCAAGCAGUGCAGCAUGACUAUACUUCAGCUGAGCUGCGUCUUCAAGAGGAGCUCAGCAGGUCUCGAAGGACAUUCACAGCUGCCCUUGCAGAAGUGGAAAAGCUAAAUGGGCAGGUCCUGGAGGAGCAGACAUAUCUCCUUAACAUUGCAGAGGUAAAAGUGGUGUCACGCUGUGAUUAUCUGUCAAUGCUGGUGAGGCAGAGCGAUAUCGCUUUGCUUAAGGAUGAUGGUGAAGGCAGUGAUGAUGAAGAGCUGGAUUUGAAGAGCAGCUUGCCCGCCAUGUUUCAGCUGCAAGAGCCAGGGCUCGUCAGAGCAGAACACUCCAAACCUGUUGAAAUAGGCCACGUGACCACAAAUACUUAUACUGUCAAUACAGAGGAUGAGGAGAAUGGGUUGGAGGUUGCGCUUGAGGGUGAUGCAGAGGGUGUAGCCGGGGCAGUAGGGGCUGCAGGUGGUGGAACAGGGGCUCCAGUAGAUUUGUACAGAGACAUUGACAUGGUCACAGCUGUAGAGGAGGCGGUCUGUGGUUCACCAGGCAGCUUUAAGUCAAAAUCCAUGGAUGCAGGCGGGGGAUCCCCUGGAGGAGCAGGGGCAAGUGCGGGGCCUCCUGUGUGCCAGUUUGUGAAGAAGAUGGGCAGCAAGGGAACUCUGCCUGGCAUGUUUAAUUUACCAGUCAGCAUCUGUGUAACACCUCAAGGUGAGGUCCUGGUGGCUGACCGUGGCAACUACCGCAUCCAGAUCUUCAAUCGCAAAGGUUUUCAGCGUGAAAUCCGCCGCAAUGCCAGCAGCAUCGACAACUUUGUCCUGAGCUUCCUCGGGGCCGAUCUGCCCAACCUCAUCCCCUUAUCCAUCGCUGUCACUCCUCAAGGUCUGAUCGGGGUCACUGACAACUACGAUAACUCAGUUAAAGUCUACACUAUGGAUGGACAUUGUGUGGCUUGCCAUAAGAACCAGCUGAUCAAACCUUGGGGCAUCACUGCCAUGCCAUCGGGCCAGUUUGUGGUGUCAGAUGUGGAAGGCGGCAAGCUGUGGUGUCUAGCAGUGGACCGCAACGUAGGCGUGGUCAGCUACAACCGACUGUGCUCUGCUGUGCGGCCAAAGUUUGUUACAUGCGAUGCAGCUGGGACAGUCUAUUUCACACAGGGUUUAGCUCUGAACUUUGAGAAACGUCACAACGAGCCCCACCUGGAAGGUGGCUUUUCCAUUGGCUCGGUGGAUACAGAUGGCCAGCUGGGCAAGCAGCUUAGCCAUUUCUUCUCAGAGACAGAGGACUUCCGCUGCAUCACUGGCAUGUGUGUGGACGCCAAUGGGGAUUUGCUUGUAACAGACAGUGGCAGGAAAGAAAUUCUCCAGUUUCCCAAAGAGGGUGGAUUCAAAAUUCUCAUCCAGGAAGGGCUGACCUGCCCUGUAGGAGUGGCCACCACCCAGAAAGGACAGCUGCUAGUGCUCGAUUGUUGGGACCACUGUGUGAAAGUCUACACAUACAUUCAGAGGAGGCACUCAUCCACUUCCUAGAGGAACAAUCCAGACUAUUCACACACAAGCAAGAGAGGUUUAGUAGGUAUGUGUUGGUAGGUGUGUAUGGGUAUUUGGAAAAGGUAGAAUCACACUGUUACCUGUCACUUUAGUUUGGAUGCAGUCCAAACAAAUCUCACUCCAGCUUUCAUUGGGUUGUUAAAUGAAUGUUCUCGUCAGUUUGGUUCAGGUUAAAAUCCACAGGAUUUAAAUUGAAUACCCUUAAAUUAAAAAUCUACCACUUACACUGCCCCUUACCUGAUUAUUUUAAAUGGAUCACAACACUGAAAAAUACCUUGCAACAUUUUUUACAUCAACUGGCACAAGUUGUCACAUUAAAAUAAGCAAAAGAAGCCAUUGAUGUUAAAGCUAUUGCAGGCACAAAGUACAGAUAAUUCCCUUUCUUCUGUCAUAUCCACCACUCAGCCUGACUGUGUGUGUGUGUGUGUGUGAUGCACGGCUUUCACUGAUCUUGCCCGGCUUUGCGAAAGAGAAACGGAAGGAAGAAGAGGGGAAAAUUAACAUGCAUUUACAUAAAAAAUAAAGCAUGCCAAGGCUUUUGGCCUGUGAAGCACUUUAUUAUUGACAUGACACUGUUUCCUAGUGUCAGGUUUUAGUAGCACAGACUAACACUGAUGUUGCUAAAUGCAGCUGGCAGCUUUAAAGUUUACUGUGCAGUUAGCUAAUGGCAUAACAGCAACUAAGGAUCAGCAUUCGUUGAAUUGCAUUCAGGGAACAAUAAGUGUUGAAUAAUAAGUCACCUAAAGGAUAGAGGGUCAAACAUCAUAAUCACAAGAUGAUGGUGAGGAAAUCUGGGUAAUUUGGGGCAAUGGUGAUUUGUCAUUUAAAGGGGUUCUGUGAGUGUAAUCAUUUUUGGGUGUAGCUGAGUUAAUGCAAUCAUAACUAGAGUUACUGAUGUUUAAUUUGUAGACCAUAUUGUUCUGAUUUUUGUCCUAGUACUCAUUGAUACUGCCCAACUGGCCUGUGUACUAUGUAUUUUGGAGUACCAGAUCAUCUUAAAUCACUUUUCAGAGCAAAAAUUCCUCCUCUGUAUGUUCUUUCAUUCAAACCUGUCCUGUUUUUGUUUUUCAGUCACAGCCUCACUAGAAGGCGGGUUGAGGUAACCAUCUGUAAGAUAACAUAAUUUUCAUUUGCUCUGGAUUAGAGUUGCAAAUUGUAAGCGCUUUCCUCAAUCAAUUAUCUGCAAUUUUAACAAGUGAUUAAUUAUUAUUUUUUAAAAAAAAAACGUUGCUUAUUUCAAACAAUAACAAAUAUGUUUUUCCCCAUAAAAGCUCACAUUAACAUAUUGCUAAAACUUUUACAGCACUGCAUACCCUGUUGAUUGAUCGAUGCAAAUUCAAAUGAUCGAUUAAAUUCUUAAUAACAGAUUUAUUGAUCGUCGAUUAGUUGUUGUCAUCCCUACUCUGGAUACUAUUCUUGCUGUUGCACUACAUUUCACUUCUAUUUGAGGCCUCUAAAUCCCCUUCUGCUUGACUUUUUUUAACCUACUCCAUUAAAGUUAGCAAAAACUGUAGCUCUUAGUGCGAGUCCUACCUCUCAGAAGGAACUGUGUGUAUUAUGAAUAGGGUAGUAAAGGUUACAGAUGACCUUUGUAACUUGGCAGGUUCUUAAAAUUUCAAGUCUGUUGUCCUGUACUAUAGGCUUACCUACAGCGACAUCAUACAGUGAUCUAUAUAUUACUUUAUGUUGCACUGCCAGUACAGAUAACACUGCAUAGCUCCAGCACCAAGACCACACUAAAGAGUAGCGUUAGUAUUUUUCAACCUUGACCUUAUUGUCUCACAUUUUUGUGUCUGAAUGACUAAUAGGCGCAGCAAUUUUUUAAACUUGGUCCAGUAUUGCAGACAGUGCUGCAGCCAGCAGCUGCAAAAAAGGCUGCAGUGUAAUUACUCUGGCCAAUUAUAUUAAAGAGUAUGAUCCUUUUUGUUUAACCAGCAGCAGCCCUGAAAUUGCCAUCACCACACUUACCAGACUCCAUUCAAAUAAACAGUAAUUUUAUCAUAAGACACACUUCAUUCAAAGUCAACAAAAACAAAACAAAACAUACAAAAUAUGCCUUGGUUCGUCCUUAACUGUUCCAACAAUUUCCAUCUCUGGUAUGGUUGAAAAAAAAACCCUUCAUUAGCCCUAUACACGCUAACAUUAGUUUUUAUUUAAAUGGAGUCUGGUGGAACCGGUGAUGGCAAAUUCAGGGCUGUUUCUGGUUAAACAAAAAUGAUCUUGCUCUUAAAGAAAACGGUCUGUCUCUGUGGGGAUCCUUUCCAUAGUGUUGUCAGACACUUAUAAUAACAGUCUCAGUCUGUCAGUGGCAAAAAUAAGCACUUUUAGUGGACAUGAAUUAAAGGUUCAUAAUUUCCCUGAGUGUCUAUAUUGCAGCGUGUUUUAGAGCGGCUGGCUGCAGCCUUCCAUCAACACUGGACCAGCUUUUUUUACUUUAAAUGUUCCCAUUAGUCACUUAGAUACAAAAACAUGGGAGAAAAAUAUCAAAGCUACCCUUUAAGUAUUUAGGAUACAACAGACAUCCACAACUUCAAGAAUGUUUACAAACUUUGUUCAAACCUGACAUUUAUACCAGAGAACGUAUUCCACUGUUUCCUCACGCCUGGCCUGUGGCUGCACAAUCUUUUUCAAGAUCAAUGGCAGGAGUGUUCAGAAUAGCACUGCUCGGAUAAUGAUGAAUGAAAACACAGCAAACCUGACUUUGUUACACCAGUUGCUGGUUCUGUGUUGCUAUGUCUCCCUCAGGUUUUUCUUCAACACUAGACACGUUUCAACCUAAAUUUUGCAGUGAUGGUCGAUAUGGUAAAGACAACAGCCAUAUACAGUGUUGUGCAAAGUAGUAGAUAGUCAACAUGAAAUUCAUCUGUAUCUGCAUGUUUUUCAUUUAUUAUUUUAUCAUGUAGCUUUACUGAAUUGAUGAUGCUUUCAGGUAAAAUAACAAUAAAAGACACCUUUAACCAGAAUAUUUAGUGGCCUAAAUACGGGGAAUCAAAUUAAUCAUUGAAACCCACCUAUAUACGUAUGUAACAUAUUGUAUGUCCAUAAAGUCGUAAAUAUGCCUUCCCGCCAAUAGCUAUCUUCCAGUCCAGGUAUGCUCAUAAGAGCAUAUCACAUGCAGACAUUUCAGCCUUAAAAAUGAGUUAUUUCACAAAGCUGACCUUAUCGCUGCACCUGGAGCCCUGUUAAACAGCAACAUACAAAUAUACAUAUCUGAAAAUCAAACUGUAUCAGAAACAAUAAGUGUUUUUAAUAUUUCUACAUAAACAAAGAAAUAAAAAGUAGGAAAAUUUAGCAUCAGGUGAAGUCUGUCACAGUCAUUUCAUUGUGCUUGUUUUUGUUUAAUUGUUAGACCAUAUUAUAUCAACACUAAAAUAAUAAAUUGUAAUUCAAGAUAGUCUCAGCUGCAUGUCAACCUUGCCAUAAUACAUUUUUUCAGUGCUUUUACUUCAUUCAUGGUCACUGGAAGUAGUUAUCACUAGAGAAUAUUCAAACUUUUAACAGUGACAGAAAAAUGCAUUAAAAUGCUAGAAAAAUCAAGUGUCCUUGUGUCAGUGUGCUGAACAUCAGAGUGUCUCACAUCUUUAAAAUAUGUUUUGUUAUACGUCAUUGGAGAGAAGUUCUUUCCUUGCAUACUUCUUCAAAGUUAAUUUCUAGCACUGGAUCGUAAUACUGCAAUAUGUCCAUGAACCAAACUCCCAUGUGUUUAAGGUGUUAUGUCCUUUGGAGGCUGUGAAUUUUACAAUGUGUUGAACACAUUACAGACAUCUCUGUGUAGUCAAAUUCAUGUUUGUAUUGUUGAUUAUCUGAGUGCAAUAAAGAUUUAUGAAACAAA